UUGUAAUCGUUUAAGAUGUGGAGGGUGGUAGUGUUGGUUUGUGCGUUGGUGGCCGCCGGCGCCGGUCAGGAAACUGAGGAAACCGAGUCGAAGGUGGUGACCAUCACCCAAGGACAAAUCAGGGGGUACAAAGCGGCCAACUAUGAUGUGUUCGAAUUCUUAAAUGUCCCGUACGCUCUUGCACCCACUGGUACAGACAAGUUUAAGGCUCCCUACACAGUAAAUUCAGUAUUCAUGGGAGUUUUUCCCGCAGUUGAUCGGGGGAUCCUAUGCCCUCAGAGCAUCUCCGCGCUUUUUCCUGAUGACUCACCUUUAAACUUCAAAGAAGACUGUCUAGUCGCGAAUAUACACGUGCCGAAUACAAACGAAACUAACCUCCCAGUUCUGGUGAUAGUUCACGGUGGAGCCUAUUUAUUAGGAGCAGGCAUAUUCCAAAAAGCUAAUGGUCUGGCUAGUGACGCUAAUAUUAUCGUUGUCACCUUCAAUUACCGCCUCGGACCCCAUGGUUUCCUAUGCCUUGGCACAGAUGAUGCCCCUGGGAAUGCUGGUAUGAAAGACCAGGUAGCAUUGUUGCGCUGGGUACAAACCAACAUUGCUGGGUUCGGAGGCAACCCUAAUGAUGUGACGAUAAGUGGCUGUAGCGCGGGAGGGUCAUCAGUAGACUUGCUCAUGCUCUCCAAUAUGACCGACGGCCUGUUUAACAAGGUUAUUGCCGAAAGUGGUUGCAGCAUAAACCCAUUUUCAACACAAAUAAAUCCCAUCCAAAAUGCAAGGGAUUAUGCUCAAAGUCUUGGUUUCACGAACGCGAACGUGAGCAGUUUAGAGGAUUUGGCAGAGUUUUACACAACAAUACCUCUUUCCAAUCUAUUUAGCUCUCUGUUGGACAUGGCCUCUACCAAAAAUUCUUACUUUACUUUCCAACCUUGUGUAGAGGCAAAUAUUGGCCAACAAAGAUUUCUAGAAGACGCGCCUAUAAAUGUUUUGAAGAGUGGUAAUUUCAAAAAUCUACCAGUUAUAUAUGGAUAUGCUAAACAUGAAGGUUUAUUCAGAAUUAUGCAGCUCAACGAAUGGACCGUUGCAAUGAAUGAAGAUUUCUCUCAAUUUUUACCAGCUAACCUGCAGUUCGAAAACGAAACACAAAAAGUUGAAGUAGCUAAUAUGGUUAAAGAAUUUUAUUUUGGACCUGGAGAGAUCAGCGAGUCUUCUGUUUCUCAGUACAUUAAUUAUUUUACUGAUGUGGUAUUCCUAAGUGGAAUACUUCGUAGUGUUUCAUUGCGAGUUGGAGCUGGUCAAGAUAAUAUUUAUUUAUACGAAUACUCUUUCACACACAAUGAAUCUACAAGUAUACCGAAUGCUGAUGAUCGAGGGGCUGAUCACUGUGAUCAAUUUGACAUUCUAUUAGAUCACUCAAUACCUGAAAGCUUAUCAGAGGAACGAACUAAUAUGUCACAAACGAUGAGAGAGAUUAUAUCUAAUUUUAUUAGCACAGGGAACCCAACCCCAUCAGAAUCUUCCUUGCCGACAUGGCCGCCAGUGGCCAGUGCCAACCGGUUUCCACACUACUCCAUAGGUGACACCAUUCAAGUUGCUGGCAUUCCAGUUGAGAGUAGAGGCGCCUUCUGGGACGCAAUUUAUGACGUCUAUGAAGCAAUACCUCAACAACCAGUAGAAAAUGAACCAGAGGCAGAGCCAACUACAACUGAGACACCGGAAGAUGAAAUAACGACUACAGAUUCCUAUGAUGAAGAAACGACUACAGAGACAGCUGAAGAUGAAGAAACGACUACAGAGACAGCUGAAGAUGAAGAAACCACUACAGAAACAUACGAUGAUCAAGAAACGACUACAGAAGCAUAUGGAGACGAUGAAACAACUACAGAAGCAGAUGACGUAGAACCGACGACAGAGGGAUAUAACUCUGCUAACAACAUAUUUUCUCAUCAGCUAUGGAUGUUUUUCACGGUUGUCGCUGUAAUAGCGUUUAAGUAAGAAUUUUUUAAUGUGCUAUUAUGUAGGCCAGGCAAAGCUUCGCUUUUCAAACUCAGUAAUUAUAAAUUUAAGUUACUUUAAAGACUGUGCAUUUGUGCAAGUGGACUUUUUUGGAUUUUAAAGUAAGACAAAUAGAUUAGGUACAUACUAAGUAUAAUUUAUUGGCCUGAUUAGAUUUUACAUGACACGUGUUAGUGAAUAAGUAUUAAAUUAUGUUCAAACAUAAA